UGGUACCUCGGUCCAACCUCGCCAACUAUAUAUACCCCGCAAUCAUUGAAAAAAUUAACAAAGUCCCACUCGCAAUCAUGGUGUUCAAAUUCGUCACUUUCUGCGCCCUCGUCGCUGUAGCCAAAGCCGGUAUCUACGGCGAAACCUACUCAGCUCCCCUUAGUUACGCUGCACCAGUAGCUAAAGUUGCCUACUCAGAAGCUCCUGCUGUGUCAUACUCCAGUGUGUCAGCCCCAGUAGCCUACGCCGCCCCAGCCAUCGCUAAAGUAGCUGCUCCCAUUUCAUACUCCGCUCCAGCUUUCUCCUACGCCGCUCCAGCCCUUAAAGUAGCUGCUCCAGUAGCUUACGCCGCCCCAGCAUAUAAAGUAGCCGCCCCAGUCGCUUAUGCCGCCCCAAUCGCCAAAGCCGUCUAUGCCGAACCAUCUGCACCAGCUCACUACGAUUUCGGAUAUGCCGUAAGCGACCCCCACACCGGAGACAGCAAAAGCCAACAAGAAUCUCGCCAUGGGGAUGUUGUCCAAGGAAGCUACUCCCUCAUUGAAGCUGAUGGCAGCAAACGUACCGUCGAAUACACCGCCGAUCCCCACAAUGGUUUCAACGCUGUUGUCCACAAAGAACCAGCUGCAGUAGCUGUCAAAGCUGUAGCUCCAGUUGUAGCCAAAAUUGCCGCUCCUUACUACGCUCAACCAGCUCUUAAGGUAGCAGCUCCCAUCGCUUAUGCUCAACCUGCCCUUAAAGUUGCCGCUCCCCUUUCCUACGCCUCUCCAUUGGCUCACUACCACUAAUGCAUUUGAACGAUAUGUAUAUAGAAAUAAAUUAUUUGAAUAAAGACUGUUAAAAAA